AUGCGCCACAACGACUCUCAGCCUGCUCAACAGCCUCAUUCACCCAAAAAUUUCAUCACGGGCGAAAAAUUCAGCUCGCAGCUUGUGAACAAGUUCAGGCGCCGCGCCGAAUAUGUUGGAACCAACUUUCUGACCGACCUGUUCGUGGACCAAACUUAUUUCUAUCCAGUGAUGGGAUUUUUCAAAUUUCUAGUAACCCCUUCAUUCUGGCUCUACAGCCUUGUUCUGGCAUUUUGCUUUGCGUGCAUAUUCGCGACAGUUGCUGCUUUAUACUAUCUCUUCCUUGUUCCCAUUUUGUUGACUUGGGCAGUGACGACGUUGGGACCCAUUGGCUUUAUAAUAGUACACGUCCAAUGGCUUCUACAAUCCAACGCCAUAGCUGUCUCGCUAACAAACAUUCUGAUCUCACCAGUCUUUGCAAAUAGCAUUUUUGAUGCUGCAUUGGCAAAAAUGGGACAUUCAGAAUUUUUGGAAAACGCUAAGAAACUCCCAGUCGCACCAUUGAAGACAGUCACUUGGAAAAGUCCAGAGUUUUGGUUUGUGGUUGUUCCCAGUAAAAUCGUAAGCCUGAAACUCAGAGUUCUCUCUAGCGUUUUUUUGAGCGUGUUGUCGUUGAUCCCCAUCAUCGGACCCACCGUUGCCAACCAAUUGCUAAGCCCAAAAAGAGGAUUCUCUUAUAACAAAAGACUGUACGAGCUCAGAAGUCUGAACAGCGCCCAAGUCAAAGACAAAUUCUAUGAGCACCUGGGACAAUACACGGCUUUUGGAGUUAUGGCAGGUUUGCUAGAAUUGAUACCAGUGAUGUCAAUUCUUACCAUACCAAGUAAUUUUAUAGCAGGAGCGCUUUGGGCUUCUGAUGAGUUGAAGAAAAAUCAAGCCUAG